GAUUUUCUCCGCGACAUGAAGGAGGAAAAACUUUGCGAGUGUUUGCCAGUGUGUAUUUGCCAGUUCACGGUGACAGCUGUAGCUGGCUGUGGUGUUUGAUCCACUACAAUAGUCUCGAAAUGUGGAAACUUGCCGGAAUAUGUGGGACUUUCGGAGCCCUCACUUUGGGAUCAGUAUGUUCAGCGUGGACGGCGGCCGUUGUCGCAUUUGUUGUCUACGUUGCGACGGGAGGAUGGAGAUUCCUCAGGAUUUUGAUCUUCACAAGCAAACGUGACUUAACGGGUCUUGUGAGGCUGAUCAAAACGAGUUUGUAUUUCAAGUAUUGUUUGAAGAACAAUAGGACCAUCCCGAAGAUCUUUGACAAGACCGUGGAGAAGCAUGCGGACAAAGUCUGCUUCAUCAUGGAGCACAGCAGGUGGACUUUCAGACAGGUUGACGAGUUCACGAAUCGCGUCGCCAACUGCUUCCUGGAGCAGGGACUCAAACCGGGUGACGAAGUUGCUGUGUUCAUGGAUUCUCGGCCCGAGUUCGUGAUGACCUGGUUGGGCCUCUCCAGGAUAGGCGUUGUAUCUGCGCUAGUCAAUACGAAUCUCAAGUCUGAUCCCCUCAUCCACUCUCUCACCUGCAUCAAUGCCAAAGCAAUCAUCUUUGGCGCGGAACAAGCAAAUGCAAUGAAAGACAUUGCACCUGCGCUCAUGACCAAGGGUGAAUUCAAGUACUACUUCUAUGGCAAAUGUGAUUCUUCUCCUCUGCCUGCUACCUGCUUAGAUGAACUGCUCAAGGACAGCUCUCAACUUCGACCAGAGAUCGAUUUUAGGGGAAGCAUCCAUGAUCGUCUCGUGUACAUCUACACAUCAGGUACGACUGGUCUUCCAAAGGCAGCUGUGAUCAAGCACAGCAGGUACAUUUCUAUGGCAUCAGCAGCAAAGUAUAUGAUGCCUAUCUAUGGCGAAGAUAUUAUCUACAGUGCCUUGCCCCUCUACCACACAGCUGGAGGAGUUCUAGCAGUGGGGCAAGCCAUCAUGUAUGGCAAUACUGUUGCGAUCAGACCAAAGUUUUCGGCAUCUAGGUUCUGGGACGACUGCAUCAAAUAUGACUGCACUGUGACUCAGUACAUCGGCGAGAUAUGCCGUUACCUCCUCGCACAGCCAUCACGUCCUCAGGAGAAGCGCCACAAGAUUAGGAUGAUGUUCGGCAACGGGCUUCGCCCACAGAUUUGGUCAGAGUUUGCAGAGCGAUUCGGCGUCAAGGACAUUCGAGAGCUGUACGGUUCAACUGAAGGAAAUGCACAUGUCUUAAACAUCGACAACAAGGUUGGAUCUGUUGGCUUUGUGUCCCGAAUCUCAAGCAACGUGCAUCCCGUCAAGUUGAUCCGAGUGGACGAAAACACGGGAGAGCCCAUUCGCAAUGAGAAAGGACUCUGUAUUCCGUGCGAGCCAGAUGAAGUAGGUGAGCUUGUUGGCCGCAUCGUGAGGGAUGACCACAUCCAUUCUUUUGAUGGCUAUGCCAACCCUAAUGCCACAAAGAAGAAGGUGUACAAAGACGUCUUCAAGAAGGGCGACACAGCUUUUGCAUCAGGUGAUCUCCUGGUGAUGGAUGAAUUCGGGUACCUGUUUUUCAAAGAUCGUACGGGAGACACUUUUCGCUGGAAGGGAGAGAAUGUUUCAACCUCUGAGGUUGAAGGCGUAAUCAUCCGUAUUGUAGGGCUGACAGACUGUGCUGUGUAUGGUGUCGAAGUUCCAGGUUCUGAAGGAAAAGCAGGAAUGGCUGCCAUCUGUGACCCAGAACAUAAGACUGACCUCCCACACUUCCUCACGGAGGCCAAGAAAUCUCUCCCCGGCUAUGCCAUUCCACUUUUCAUCCGUUUUGUCAGUGACAUCGAAGCCACAGGUACCUACAAAAUCAAGAAAGUUGAGCUACAGAAAGAGCAGUUCAACAUCGACAUCAUCAAGGACCCGAUCUUCUUCCUUGACCUCACAGUCAAUGAAUACGUCCCGCUCGACAGAGUGCUCUACGAGAAGAUAAUGAACGGUCAGGCCAGAGUGUAAUUGGUCACUCCUGCACAUAGCUGAUGCAGUAUAAGGAAUGGACUGGAUGGAUCACAACAUCACUUUGAAGCCAUUCAGGAACAUCACUCAUUGUUGCUGCAUUGUUGCAGCGAGUCACAUCGGGCAUCUGCAAAUUUUUUAAUCACCUGGAUGUGCUCUAGUGCACAUGCACUCUAGGUGCAUAUACAGUUUCUUCCAGCAUCGAGAAGCACAUUCCAAGGUGCACUAUGUGUCCAUGACCGUGUACCUGCUUCAGUGAGAACUGUUGAUGAAGCACAUUCACCAGCUUUUUACGGGAAGAGAGCAAAGUGUUCGGGAACUUUUAACAAUGAUUUUCCGAGGUGUUUACCCUGUUUGUGUGGCAAAAUUAUCUGCGUCACUUUUAGCUUUUAUCCUGCUGAGCAUCAUUAUUAUUUUUUUUCUUUUUCGUUCAUCAGAAAACAAAUCUCUUCAUAGUGAGCGUACGUGAUGCUCUUUUUUGUGGUCUGUUUGGUCACAAAGCUAAGUUCGAUAAAUUUACCAGUGUCGCAACGAAUUGCUGUGAGAACUCGUUUUGCACACGUAGCAGAAGACCCCGUACGUUUAGCUGCGGUAGUGAAACCACACAUUGUUGCCGCUAUUGUUGUUGUUUGGAACGUGGUUACGUUGAUCUUGAUGCAGGGGAUAACGGCGUACAAUUGUGAAAAGCAUAGUGCCUGCAUUUUAUCAUUUUGUGUUUAUUUCACAAUGUAAAGUAGAGAAAGAAAGGUAAUAAUGUACAUACAACUACCACUGUAAUUUUUUUUACUGUGAUACUAAGCAAGUUCAGAAUCAAUGCGUCUAUUGCAGAUUCUGAGUGUACUUCAUUGUAUAAAUAAAUGGUGUCAUCGAGGUAUCA